AUUGAAUCUAAUAUAAUCGGUGGCAGUGAUGCGGCACCGGGAGAGUUUCCCUGGCAAAUUGUACUGUCCCUGCAUUCAAGUCAAUUAGACUUUUGCGGGGGUACUAUCAUAAACGAGAGGUGGGUACUGACGGCAUCCCAUUGUGUAAUUCAAUCGAAAAACAUUUCCGAUUAUCGCAUUCGUCUCGGAGUACAUAACCGCACAACACAUGAGAGCUCUGAAUAUGAUUUCAAUGUCGACAAAGUUAUACAAUACGAUGAUCUCAUAAUCCCUAAUGACAUCGCUUUAAUGAAAUUGAAUGAGAGUUUGGACUUCAAGGGAAAACACAAGCAUUUGUCGCCCAUAUGUCUGCCAAAGACGUCCACUAAAGUGACCGACGAUUGUAUAGCAACUGGUUUUGGUUUAAUAGAUGAGAGUCAGUAUAAUUGAAUGCUUUAUUUGAUUAGUAAAUCUAAACCUAAAUAUAUUUUGUAAUAAAGAGG